GUGAUCAGUGACUUGACGCUGACCAAUCAGCGAAGGUUAUUGAAACAAGCAACACACUCCCGCCAAUUCCGACUGAGGAGCGCGAGGCAGGCAGAGGGCUGUUCUGCCGGAGAAUAUCGCAAACGAGAGGAGCCCCGGGGCCGUGGUUGGGAUGUUGGCGGCGGAAAACCCAUCUGUGGACGGACAUUUGGCAGCAUCGACUCCCCGCAGAAGAGGCAUGGAUUGUAAGCCAAGUAACAAUGCCAACAAGAAACUUAUACAAGCUCGUCUCCCAUUCAAGCGCCUGAACCCUGAACCUAAAGAGAACCAGCCGCCUAAACGCCCCUGUGCACAUGCCUGCCCUGAACCUUCAGACAGGGAGAAUGAGAAUGAGUCCUCUCCACUCCCUGUGCACAGUGGACCACCCUUGGUUAAUGGUCGCGGGCCCCUUGAUGGCUUCCUGAGCCGAAGGCGCCCUGCAGCCUCAGUUGAGAACAUGGUUAUAGAUCUGACUGAGGACAACACUUUGUCUCCUGGAAAGUGCCUUGUUUCACCGGCUCCUGUCUGUCCCCUCCUCCCGACAAAAGACAAGCAUCAGGGCAAAGACAAAACUGCCUCUUCUGAGAAAUCCAGCAGUGUUGAUCACAUUCCUAAAACACACACUUUAGACUGCGUAAUAGUCAACAAUGAUGAAUUAGAAGAGGUCGAGGAUAAAGAUGGGAAUGAGGCAGCAUCUAUCUCGCAGCUUGACACAACGCAGGAUUCUGACAGUGAGCCAGAGGAGCAGAAUGAGUCAGGAAACGUUUCCAGUUUGGGAAAUAAGUCCAUGCUGUCAGCUUCAUCAGUUAGCUCCAUGUCUGAAAGCUCACCAGAGAAGUCCAAGACUGAUGACCCUACACACACUACUACACCUACAGAGCCAAAGACCACCCCCAAGAUACCAGCAGAUCAGAAAAAGAUCAAAAGACGCUCAUUGAAGACUUUACAAGAACAAGAGGAGAGGCUUCGUUUGCGACAGGAGAAGGAACGCCAGAGGGAAGAGGCUAAAGCUGCAAAAGAGAAAAAGAAAGAAGAGGCUCGCAAACUAAAGGAGGAACGAGAAAGGGAAAAACGUGAGAAAAAGGAAAAAGAUGAGAGAGAGAAACGAGAGAAAAAAGAGAAGGAAGAGAAAGAAAAGGCAGAGAGGUUAAAAGCAAAAGAGGAACUACGAAAAUCCAAGCAAGAGGCCAAACUUGAAGAAAAACGUAAGAAAGAAGAGGAAAAGCGAAUUAAGGAAGAAGAGAAACGGUUGAAAGAAGAGAAAGAUCGUCUCAAAGCUGAAAAAGCAGAAAUUACUCGGUUUCUGCAGAAACCCAAGAUCCAGCAGGCUCCAAAAACACUUGCAGCUGCAUGUGGGAAGUUUGCUCCAUUUGAGAUAAAAGAAAACAUGUCUCUGGCACCACUGUGUCGGGUUCAGUGUGAGGACUCUGUUUUGGAGGAACUUGACCGGUGUUUGUUAAACCCAGCUGAUAACCUGAAUGGAUUGAAAGACUGGAUCGGGCAAAAGCCCCGGCGGUCAGGACCCACCAAACCGAGGCAGACAGACUUGCCCAGUGAGUGUAUAACAGUGGAGGGGCCUAAAGCAGAUGGUGUGCCGGACCGUAAACGUUAUGGCCCCAUGAAGCUUUUGCAGUUUCAUGAGAACUACCGUCCAGCAUACUGGGGCACCUGGAGUAAGAACAGUUCACACAUCUCACCUCGUUGCCCCCUCAGACAAGACAAGGAUUUUUUGGACUAUGAGGUGGACAGUGAUGAAGAAUGGGAGGAAGAGGAACCAGGAGAGUCCCUAUCACAUAGUGAAGGGGAAGAUGAGGAGGAAGGAGGUGAAGAUGACGAUGAUGAUGAUGAUGGCUUCUUUGUUCCUCAUGGCUACCUUUCAGAUGAUGAGGGGGCUCUGGAAGAGGAGGAGGGUGGCGACCUGGAGAAGCAGAAACUGCGUCAGAAACUGAAAGCGAGGGAAUGGGAUGAGCUGAUGUCCACCAAGAAGAAGAUGAAGGUGCUGGAGCCAGUGGUGAGGGGUUGCGUCUGGGAGGGAGAAGGACCUGGUUUGGAUCUCUUCCAGCCUUACGCUGUGUCUCUGAUCGAGCCUUUACCCAAGGCAGACACCAGCCUCAGCCCAGAAGAGCUGUCUCAGAAGUGCCAGAGAGAAGCACAAUUACUCGGUCAGCUGCUACCUCUGCUGCACGGCAAUCUCAACAGCAGCAAAGUGAUCAUCACCGAGUUUCAGGAGUUUUGUCGUCAGCAGACGUCGCCCUCAUCAUCACCUCCUGAGCUGUCCAGCCCUCAGAGCCCAGCAGAAAACAUUCCCACCAGAAUACAGCUGAAGCGCCUUAUCAAGAACAAUGCUGUUUAUGAGAAGCGCUCAACCUACAGACGCUGCUGCUGGUAUGUGCACACAGAAGUCCUGUCCCGUUUUGGCCAGGACGCUCUUCCUGUGCCCUGCCAGUGGACCUACCUCACCACAGGAGCUCGAGAAGAGUCCCGUGAAGAACCCCAGGCAGCCACAGGCUCUCAGGGAAACUCUCCCACUACACCUCAGACCUCCUCCACCAUGUCUUCAUCCUCCAACAAAAGGAAGAGCACAGGGAGCAUGUCAAUCACCAAGUUUAUGAAGAGAUGUCCUGAUCCUGAGCAGACGGAAGCAAUGGAGGCGGAUGGUUUUCAAGCUGACACUGAGGAUGAUGAUGAGGAAGACUGUGUCAUCAUCUCCACACAGAAUGGCCCAACCACAGAGAACUCCUCCAGCGAGGGAGGUGUCUUAAUGGAAGUCGCCCCUUCCGACACAGCUGCUCUCCCCGUGGCCAAUGCUGCUCCUACACUCGCCACUGCCUGAGGAUGGGAUAGACCGUCUCCCCAAACCAAGCUACUCCUGUUUUCCUCAUAAAUUUCUCCUUCCUGGUUCUGAACUCUGCUGUGUUCAAGACAGAAUCAAGUCUUCAAGUAAGAUGAAGCACCACACGCUGGUACAGGCAACUCACAGUAGGUGGCGUCGCUGUUCCCUCUCACCUAAUACUUUUUAAAGGAGUCAGGAGCCAUCGCCAGUAAAAUGUAACUGCAUAAAAUCAGUGUCUGACUUGAUUAUUGAGGUCAGGUUUGUCCAGUGUUCAUUAACUAUGCGUCUGAUUUUUUGCAUUGAAGUUUUGGACAGGCAUGUUUGGCAUGGGCCUGUUUUAAAGUGGAAGGUGAACGUCUCUCUGGCACUGCUUUAGCUACAGCAGACUGGGUUGAACAGAGGGAGGGAGAGCAGAAUGUAAAUGCCUUAUUUUCAUGAGAAGAAGCAUCCAAGACAUCGAGAACAGCAUUAUUUACGGUUUUUGAAAUGUUGAAUUCAUGAUGUGGAUUUCUUACGCUCUAAAUGUAUAUAGUCAGUCUGAAAUUAGAGCUGGGGAAAUGAGAGGCUGAAAGUCCAUCUGUACAUUUCCCUUUUAUUUCAGUGGGUACAUUUAUUCUGAAAUUUCGAAUUCUCACAACUCACUGGCAUAGUUGGUAGAUCUGUACUUGUACAGUUACGUCCAGUGUCACAAUGUUUUAUAAAUAUGUAUUUUCUGUAUUUUCGAGAAUACUUGAACAGGAUAAAUUCAUUAAACAUGAAUAAAAGUACUGCACUUUUA